UACUUUGCUCUAUCGAUUUGAUACUCCAACCUAUGGAUUUCCAACCUCCUCUAAGAAAUAUUUUGCAGAGUUACUUCAAUAUUCCGAAAAAUUAAUUAUUCAUGAUGCCCGCAAGAGAUUAAAACAAAAGAAAUGUUUCGCUGUUUUGAGUUAUAUCCGCAAGUCUGAUAAUUCUGUUAUAUUUGAAAUCAGGUGA